UGUGGUGUGUCACACGUGAGUCACCGGAGAGAUUUAUUAAGAAAAAACGCGCGACAGGGCCCAAGUUUUUCAUUAUGUGCGCGAAAAUGGCCUUUCAGCAUCAGCCGGGUACUGCGAUGGAGUGCUUGAGCAUACCAAUCACGUUACACAAAGAGACAGAAAUUAAUGAAAAUGGUGAAGAGAUAAUGAAAUGUGGUUUUAAAAUUGGUGGUGGAAUUGAUCAAGACUUUACAAAGAGUCCGCAAGGCUAUACGGACAAUGGUAUAUAUGUAACGGAAGUACACGAAGGAUCACCAGCUGCAAAGAGUGGUCUUAGGAUGCACGACAAAAUUUUACAAUGUAAUGGAUAUGACUUUACAAUGGUAACGCACAAGAAAGCUGUUUCUUAUAUAAGGAAGCAUCCGGUAUUAAAUUUGUUAGUAGCUCGUAAAGGUGUCACCAGUACUUAAAGAGACAUACCAAAAGAGAAGUUUUUAUUCUUUGAGAAAUAUUUAUUUUAUAUUUUAACAAGGUUUACUUAUUCAUAUAAUCUAUUAGAUAUAUUAGCAAUUUCUGUCUAUUAAUUUAUAAUAUAUAUAUUUCUAUAUAUAUAGAAAUUAAUUCAGAGUUUCAAGAUACUGUUAAAUUAUACAUAUGAAUACAGUUGCAUACAACUGAAAAAGUUUAGGUUUCUGUAUUUACUUUCAACAAACUGAGAACACACUAAAACUAAAAUACUUGAUAGCAUCUUUAAAGAGGUUCGAGUAAACAGCAAAAAAAUACCAAAGUAUAAUAGAAUUGCAUUAGCUUAUACCUUGACUUAUACAUACCUUUGACUGUAAAGAAAAAUGUGGAUUGCUGAUGAUUGAUGAAUGUUUUUACUUUUCUCGAAAGGUGCUGCGAUGAAUGUAUCCUAUUCAUCAUAAUUAUAUACACACAUUUCCUGAUACAUUUCGAUCCUUCCAGGCAUAUAUAAUAGACAAUAUUAACUUUUGUACUUUUUUUUAAGCUUCCUUUACAAGGGAAAUAGAGAUAUUUGCGAAAAAAGAUAUUUGAAAAUUUCGUAAUCUUCAAGAUAAUUUAUACCAUUUUAUAAAAGACUUUCUUAAAAAUAAAAUAAUAAAUAUAUUAAUCAUUAGUAUUAUAUUCUGGAUCAUAUCUUUUCUGGAUAAUACAACAUUUCUUAUAUACACAACACUAUCAUUAGAAUUAUUGUGGCAAAUUAUGUUCUUUACAAUAUGUAUAACCGUUUAAAGUUUAAGUCUGGAGUUAGAAAAAAAUAGCAAGACAUUCCAAAUUCUUAAUACCUUUAUAAUGUAUGAUAUUGGUAUUAAUGAAUAGCAAUAAUCUAACUAGAAACUAAAUUUAUUUUUUAAAGCUAUUUUUGUUUCUAACUAUUCAAGGUAUUCUCAUCUAUUAAGAUAUAUUGUAAGACAUUUCAUGAAACACAAUGUGAAAAUAAUAUAUUUAUGAUUUAAUCAUAUAUUUAUGCUAUAUCACUUGUUUUAUAUUUCUGUGGAAAUACAAAUGCAGAUAUUAUCAUAAUUUAUUAUUACAAAUACUCUUAUGUAUAUAUUAAUUAUAUUUGCAAGGAUAUCACAUUUUUAUUCAAAGCUGGAGAAUACGUUGAAAGAAAUAUUAGAUAUGAAUUUUCCGGAUCAUCAUGGUUUUUUGCAUUGCAUUAAUAUUGCAUUGUAGCAAGUUUUAGUCAACGGACUAAAAAUGUUUAGUUACAAUGUUUGACAGCAAUUUUUAGUGAAAAGAUGUCAGACAUUAAACAAAGCAAUCUUUAUAUUCCACCUUUUUGUUUUUCUCCAAGGAACAGAUUUUUAAUGGAUUUUAUACCAUGUUUGAUACAUAGAAAAUAAAAUAAAAAAUUAUUCUGUAUUAUGUCUGAUUUUAAGAUAGAUUGAAUGAUGCGCGAAGAUUGGAGAAAAACAAAGUGUUCCUGCAUGGUACGUGUAUGAAUAACUGACAACGGCAUAAUACUGGCCACAUACACUAUAUAUGUACAUACUCUCUAGUCUACUAAUAUCAAGACGUUACGUACGCGUAUAUUACUAUGUAUAUGUAUACAAUGAAUACGAUUGUGAAACGUAUAUAAAUAACUUAAAUCUCGUUUAAAUCGUUUAAAUUGUAGAAUAUGGUAAUGUUACAAAAAGCCAAAGAAACUGUUAAAA